AUGUCUAAAGCAGAUCCAAAAAACCCACCUAAAGUUCCAAAUGGUUGGAUAGCUAAAUUUGAUGAUGAAUAUUCAACUUGGUUUUAUGUUAAUUUAGAUACUAAAAAAUCUCAAUGGGAAGCACCAUCAGGUACUUCAUUUAAUGAUAGACCAAGUUCUCCUCCUCCACCACCAGCUUAUAGUUCACAUGAUGAUUCAAGAAAUAAUAGUAGUAAUAAUGUAAAUCAAAAUAAAAGUUCGUCAUCUCGUCCUGCUGCUUCUAAUCCUUCAAGUGGUUAUCAAAGAGGAAAUGGAAAUGGUGGAUAUCAACCACAACCUCAACAAGGAUAUCGUCAAGGACCUCCACAAGGUGGCUAUUACCAACAAGGUCCGCCACAAGGGUAUUAUCAACAAGGACCACCACCACAAGGAUACUACCAACAGGGACCACCACAAGGGUACUAUCAACAAGGACCACCACAAGGGUAUUAUCAACAAGGACCACCACAAGGUUAUUAUCAGCAACAACAACAACAAAGACACAGUAGUAAUGCUGGUAAAAUGGCAAUGGGUGUCGGUGGUGGUUUAUUAGGGGGUAUGUUGUUAGGAAGUGCUCUUAAUGGAUAUGAAGAUCAUCAACAAUAUGAAGCUUAUCAAGACGGUUAUCAAGAUGGUUAUGACAAUGGUUUUGAUAAUGGUGGUGACUUUGAUGGUGGUGAUUUCGGUGGUGAUUUCUAG